GGACGAGCGAAAGAGCGGGCGGGCCAACGUUAGCCAGCCUGCGUGGUCAGGCGGGGAACGGCACCCUCGCCGGCGUCUACCCAGGAGGCAACAGGUGAGCUCGGCCCCCUGGCAUUAGGGCGAAGUGGCAAACACGUUGAUGCGGCGAAUGGGGUCUGGAUACGAAACCCCUUGACUUGAGUCUGUGAAGCCAGUCGUGCGCUGGUCUCAGGACAGACAAGAGGGAAGUUACUACAGUCUUUUAAAUAACAGUGGCGGCGGAGUUAGAGUGCUUUCCAGUCCCGCCCAAGGUAACGGCCGCCGAGUUUUGUUGUUAGCGAGCGGCUAGCUAGCUAGCAACGAUGGAGAGAGAGGGAGUGAGGACUUUUGCCAGCAAACAAGCAAAAAGACUCUCGCAGCAACAGGUGCAGCCGGACAGGAUGGAUAUGAACCACUUCAGUUCCAGGAAGGAAAGGACUGGAGAACGGACGACACAAGACUUUUGCUCUGAAAAGAUUGUGUCAGCUGAAAACUGCAUAAAACUACAGACUUGGCUGUUAGUUCUCAGUGGGAUCAGCAGUACCACCGACCCAUAGGGAAUAGAGGCCAACUCAGAUGGUGAAUCACAGAUCAGCGCCCCUGAAGAUGGUAGAGAUUCAGGACAUUUCAGCCCAGUGGAUGCAAGGUUUUCUGGCUGAAGUGAGAGAUGAUGAUGACUUCUUGAGUCUGAGCGAGCUCCCAGAAACUUUCCCCUCCGACCCUCCGGAGCCCUUACCCCACUUCCUGUUCGAACCUGAGGAAGGCUACAUUGUCAAAAAUAAGCCUGUCAAUCUCUACUGCAAAGCAACGCCCGCCACGCAGAUUUAUUUCAAGUGCAACAGCGAGUGGGUCCAUCAGAAGGACCACACUGUGGAGGAGAGGGUGGAUGAAAACUCAGGUCUGGUGGUAAGAGAAGCCAGUAUAGAGAUAACACGGCAGCAAGUCGAAGAGCUGUUUGGUCCUGAAGAUUACUGGUGUCAGUGUGUGGCUUGGAGCUCUGCUGGAACAACCAAAAGUCGCAAGGCACAUGUCCGCAUUGCAUACCUGAAGAAGUCAUUUGAACAGGAGCCCCUGGGAAAGGAAGUAUCUCUGGAGCAGGAAGUGCUGUUACAGUGUCGCCCUCCAGAGGGCAUACCAGCAGCUGAGGUUGAGUGGUUGAAGAACGAAGAGAUAAUUGACCCAGCAGAGGACAGAAACUUUUACAUCACCAUCGACCACAACCUGAUCAUCAAACAGGCGCGUCUGUCUGACACAGCCAACUACACAUGUGUGGCUAAGAACAUAGUGGCCAAAAGACGAAGCACUACAGCGACUGUUAUUGUUUAUGUGAAUGGUGGUUGGUCGACAUGGACGGAGUGGUCAGUGUGUAACAGCCGAUGUGGUCGAGGCUUCCAGAAACGAACCAGGAGCUGCACUAAUCCCGCCCCUCUCAACGGAGGACUGCCCUGUGAUGGACAAGCCAUCCAAAAACUCUCCUGCACCACACUGUGCACAGUGGACGGUGUGUGGACAGAAUGGAGUAAGUGGUCAGCCUGUGGGACAGAGUGUACCCAGUGGAGGAGAAGGGAGUGCAACAACCCAGCUCCUAAAAACGGAGGAAAGGACUGCGAGGGGCUUGUACUCCAGUCUCAGAACUGUACUGAUGGACUCUGUAUGCAAAGUUCAUUGUUUCAGAAGUCCACUGAGUCCAAAGAAAAGAGUGAUUUGGGAAUCCCAUCUGCUCCAAGUACAGACGAUGUGGCGCUGUACGUGGGCAUUGUCAUCGCAGUGAUUAUGUGCCUGGUCAUCUCUGUCAUUGUGGCACUCUUUGUCUACCGCAAGACACACCGUGACUUUGACUCAGUCAUCAUCGACACCUCAGCCCUAAAUGGAGGCUUCCAGUCUGUUAAUAUCAAAACAGCCAGAUCAGCUGAUCUACUGACAGCUCCUCCGGACUUGACAAAUGCAGCUGCCAUGUACCGUGGACCAGUGUAUGCCCUCCACGAUGUGUCUGAUAAAAUCCCAAUGACCAACUCUCCUCUCUUGGACCCUCUCCCCAACUUGAAGAUCAAAGUGUACAACUCCUCUGGACUGGUCACCCCACAGGAUGACCUCGGAGGGGACUUCACAUCCAAACUGUCUCCGAAGGUAACUCAGUCUCUGUUGGAUAACAGUGACACCAUGAACCUCCGCAACCAGAGCUUAGCCCGAACACGAGACCCUUCCUGUACAGCUCACGGAUCCUUCAACAACCAGGGAGGACACCUCAUCGUACCGAACUCUGGUGUGAGUUUGUUGGUUCCAGCGGGUGCUGUUCCUCAGGGUAGGGUGUAUGAGAUGUAUGUGACUGUGCACAGGAAGGAGAGCUUGAGACCCCCGGUAGAGGACAUCCAGACAGUGCUGAGCCCAGUGGUGAGCUGUGGACCUCCAGGAGCCCUGCUGACCAGACCAGUGAUCCUUACCAUCCACCACUGCGCUGACAAUGUGCAGGAAGACUGGCUCAUACAGCUGAAGAACCAACUGGCCAUGGGAGAAUGGGAGGAUGUGGUUGUAGUGGGAGAGGAAAACUUCACCACCCCCUGCUAUGUGCAGAUGGACUUGGAGGCUUGUCACAUCUUAACAGAGACACUGGGAACUUAUUGCCUGGUGGGUCAGUCAAUCGGCAAGGCAGCCGCCAAGAGGCUCAAACUGGCGGUUUUUGGACCUGUCUCCUGCACAACUUUGGACUAUCACAUCAGGGUCUAUUGUCUGGAUGAUACACAGGAUGCACUCAAGGAGGUUCUUCAGAUGGAGACCCAGAUGGGUGGGAAGCUUCUGGACGAGCCAAAGACUCUGAACUUUAAAGACAGCACGCACAAUCUGAGACUGUCAAUCCACGACGUGCCACACACACACUGGAAGAGCAAGCUCAUCGCAAAGUAUCAGGAGAUCCCAUUCUACCAGGUGUGGAGUGGCAGUCAGAGAACUCUUCACUGUACCUUCACCCUGGAGAGACUGAGCUCAGCCACCACAGAGAUCAGCUGCAAACUGUGUGUACGGCAGGUGGAAGGAGAAGGACAGAUCUUUCAGCUGAGCAACACUUUAGAGGAGGAGGUCCAGUGCAUAGACACGUCCCUGAUGGACCCUGCCAGUAAUAUCACAACCUUAGUGGGGCCUAAUGCCUUCCGCAUCCCUUUAUCCAUCAGACAGAAGCUGUGUGGCAGUCUGGAUGCACCGCAGACCAGAGGCAAUGAUUGGAGGAUGCUGGCCCACAAACUCAACCUUGACAGGUACCUGAACUACUUUGCCACCAAGUCCAGUCCGACAGGUGUGAUACUGGAUCUCUGGGAGGCCCAGCACUUCCCCGAUGGAGACCUAAAUGAACUGGCCGCUGUGCUGGAAGAGAUGGGUCGCCAUGACAGUAACCUCGCCUCCAUGACAAUGGAACAUUGACGAAGCAAAGUGGUUACCAAGACAAUGACAGAACCCUGGAGACAAUUACACGUGAAUUCUCUACGGUUGAUACUGCAGCAAGGGCAAUGAACGACUUAGAUGUGAGCAAAAGAAAAGUUGUUGCCAUGGUGAUUGAGCACCAGCUAAAUACCAUGGUAAUCAUGCCGACAUGGUAACAGACAGAAUGAGAGGUGCUGGAGCUGGAGCUGGAACUAUGCGCCUAUCUUUGUAUGUGUCAUUGCGCGAUGUUGCAGUGUCAUGUGUGACAGAAGGAAAGAUAACCCUACCUACCACACAAACAGAGUCUAUCAGGAACAAACAAAACAUACACACGCCUAAAAAAAAGACCUUGUCUAGUGUAACACCAGUUGUUCUCUUGCUGUUACUUUUUACUGAACAAAGACAGGAUGAGAAAAGAAGAAAGAUGCGACCGAGGUACUGACCUUGAAAACCUCUAUGGGAAUGGAACAGAAUCAUAAAGGGAGAGAAGCUAAACUGAUUACAGAAGAGUGGGAGAAGGUAGAUUGAGGAAAGAGAGAGUUACAGACUCUUUAGUAAGACGAGAGUAAACACAGAGAAAAGUUAAACUGAUUACAAACGGAGGGAAGACGUAAAGAUAAAAUGAUGAUGGAAGAAGCGGCAGGUGAUCAUCACAGGAUGGAAAAGAGAUAAUGAGAGAGGAGAUAAAGAAGUGAUCCCACUCCUCUCCUGUGAGCCUUGGCUGUACGUGUUUGCCAGUACAGUUUUUUUUUCUUUAUAUCGUUUCCUAGGGAACACUCUAUGUAUUCUGCUGUCCAUAUGUGUGGAUCAUUUCCUGCAAACAGAAUUUGCUACACAGUGACUGUCAAUCAAGGGCCCUGACCAGAAACAAGCCCAAGACAACAGCUUCCCUUUUUUGGCUGACAUAACAUCAUUUAUGAUGUUUAAAUUAGUGUUAGAUUAAGUAUCGAGUUUGUGGCUUUCUUCCAAGGUCACAGGAAAUCUAAAAGCACUACGUCAAAGGCAACUGAAAUUGCUCUCCAUUUGCCUUUUUACUUGUGCGCCCAAUCCUCUUUAAAAAGCCAGUCCAAAGAUGAUAACACUCCUGAUGGAUACAAGUGAAAACCUAUGUUUUGUUUGCUAUUUUUAGUAGCGUAUGGUUGUGACAGAUAUGUUUUGUCUGUUUUGAGGUAUAUUUAAGAUUGCACUUAUGAUAAACAGAUAAACAAGGCAAAGAUGCACAUUGUCAGCUAUUUCUUACAUUUAUGUACAGUAUACUACAGUAUACAGUACACAAAUAUGUUUUUGUUUUUUUUAAAGGAGUAAGCAUUUUCUAAUUUAAGAAAUGUAUAUAUUUUUGAUGUGAUUUGAGGUUGAUCGCAACUUCAUAUCCAGCAGUCUCUCUGAAAGACUGUUGGGGCUUGUUUCUGGACAGGGUGCAACUCAGAGAAAAGGGAGAAGACGCAAAAAGGGAUGAAGUAGAAGUGAAAACGCAAGUGUUUUUAAAUACAGUAAUAUACAGCACCAUAGUAUUACGUGAUAGUGAAUUAAAUACAACUGAUAUCAUUCAUUAUCGCUAAAUGUACACAAAUAUACUGAUUUUAUCAAUCUUAUUUUAAUUUACUAAAAUAUAAAUAGCCUACAUAUAUAUAUUUCUUUUGUAUUUUUGAUGUCGUAUCAUCACAGGAUGUCAGUUGUUAUCUGCCAUUAGGCCACAUGUUAUUUCAUUUGUGCUCACCACCAUGACUUUGCUGGUCACUAGCACCAUCCAGUGGCCUUUGAAGAAUAACAGCAUUUACAUUUUUUUUGAUCCUCUGAAACGUGUAAAUACAUGAUUAUCAUGUUCAUCCUAAGGACCUUGUAUGACCAUAUUAUUUUUGUUCAGUGAUCAUUAUUGUGUUAGUAACAUUAACUUUUGGGGUUUUCUUUUUGCCAUUUUAAUGUUUUUAUAGAUGUGAACUGUAUGGGGGUGAAAAAAAUAUGUAACAUAUCAGUUAGUUGCCCUUUUUCUGGAAACAAUGUUCUGUCAGCAACUAACAUUCCAACUCAUGGUGUUUAUGUUGAAAAAGUUGCAAUUCAGAGGUAAAAAUCAAGAUAACAAUGGGGGGGGGGUGUAAAAUGAAGUGUAAUAUAUUUGUGUUUUGCAGAGCAACAUUGUGAACCAAGGCUGGCUUUCAAAUGACCCCAGACGACAGUGUCUGAUGAAAAGGUGUAACUCCAGUGCGCGAGCGUUGAGGAAAGACAAACAGCCUUUUUUUUAGUGGCUUUUGAAUCAUUGUCUGAUGCCCCUGGGAACUUGAACUCUAUUCACCACGUAAAGGACAGCAUGAACGUUCAGUUCAAAGGAAACACAUGUAAAAUAAUCAAAAACUGGAGUUGAGAUACUCCUGCUCUGAAACUAUGGAGAGACGCCAUAUGAAACUGAACAUCAGGUAUGUAGAGGAGAUACUGAGGAGGAUAUUGUAAAGAAAACCAAGUAGGCAGGGGCCAAGUUAACACAGGUACAAAAGGUCAGAUCUUUACCCGGUUAUGGCAGAUUUCAUCUUGUGGCUGUCCACACGGGGAACCUUGACAUUGAAUUUUCGCAUUGAUUUUUCUUUCUUUGUUCAGUAAGUCAGCAAUGUGAAAGUUAAGAAAUCAGAUCUCUUGUAUCAGUGUCGAACCAGAUGUAGUAAACCCGGAGUCCUGAAAAUAUGUGUGUUAUGAACCAAAUUAGAGAAGGUGUGUGGUUAAAUGACAGAGUGGAUGUUUUGUAUCUUUUCAAAUGUACCUGCUGAUGUCAGAUGUUAGGAAAUCAAGAGGAAGAGAUGUGUACGUCUUACGAGGAUAAAAGCCUAAAACAUCAACUCAUCAAUUCAGUUUGUUUCAGAACAAAACAUACCCCAAAGGGGAUGACAGUGUCUCUUUCAUACGAUCUGAUCAUCAACUCAAAGGCAGAACUCAGUCAUACAAGAUCUGAUUUUUAACUGAUGAAACAUGUUCAAGGAAACAAUCAGUUAAGACAUGUCGGUUACAUAUUACUGUGUAACUUCACCCAAAAUUUGAUCCUCGCCCUAUUCUAAGUCUACAGUUUACCAGCAGGAUAGACUGUUUGUUAGUGGAGUAGACUGAAAAAAGGGAGUUUCCAUAUGAGGAGAGCACAUGUAGGCCUCAAGAAGGUGAUCGUCUGAUGUGAAAAUUAAGAAAGUAGCGUUAAGAUAUCAAAGUAUGUACAAAUAUUUUCUAUCCACGGUAUGUACAGUCGUGUACUGUCAGCUAUAUUUGGCAAAUUUCAGAGUAUAAAAAAAGAGCAGUACAGUUAGAUACUAGUCUGUAUGUUUCAAGUUUUUUUUAAAUUUAAGUUUCUCUCCUUUUUUGUAAAAGCAGUGUCUACUAUGCAAACUUGGCAUUGGUUAUCAUGAUAGAAGUCUAUAACUAGAGCUGUCCUUGUAAGUGCAUUUUUAUUUUACUAUCAGGAGUGAUUUGAUUUGAUUAGUGCGGGGUAGUGUUGGUCCAUCUUAGCUAAUUCUGGCACGCUUCAUGAAUCUUGCUCAAUCUUGCUGAAUGCUCGCCUCUCUAUCUCCUCUAAUUGUUUUCUGUACAAAGUGUAAGAAAGAAUUUUUAAGACAAUUAAUAAAUUAUAUUUAUAAGCAAUGCUGAAAAUGUUUAGUGCCUUUGGUGGCUUAUUUCAACAGAGCUGUAUAAGGGAAUUGUUUUACACUUAUAUUUCUCAC